AUGCGCCACCACCUCACCACUAUCACCCUCCUAUCCCUAACCCUAUCAACAACAGCAACCGCCGCCUCCACCAUCGCCAACAUCCACCCUGUCUUCCACAAUACAUGCCCUCCCUCCCCACCACCAGCAGUACACUUAUCCCCCCGCGCCCACCAACACAUCCCCCUCCAACUCCACGAAGGAACAUGCCACCCGAUCCCCAUAACAUCCACGCAUGUAUCCUUCGACACGCAGAUCGAGCAAUUCGUAUCUCCUGCUCCUAAUGGCGAUGACAACAAUAACAAGGAUCUCAACGGAGAAGAAGAAAAAGAAGGAGGGGGAAUACCCCAACAUUGCAACGUGACCAUGCACGAACAGCCCGGGUGCGUGGAUCAGCCGUUCCUGGCGCAAAGUGUCCAUGCGGGGGAGUUUGGUCGGUGGGUGGGGAGUGCCUGUGCUGGACAUCAUUAUCCUCGUCCGAAGUAUCCGAUUGUGAGGGGGAGGGAUUCUCGGAGUGAAGGGGACGGGGCUGGGAAUGGGAAGGGGAAUGGGAAUGUGUGGGUGUUGUUGGAGUGUGCGGAUGCUUCUGCUUCUCCUUCUGGGAAUGGGGAUGUUCAUGGUGUCAAUCAGGUUCAAGGUGGGGAUGGUGAUGCUGCGCAGCAGCAGGAUAAUAAGGAAGAGGAUAAAGUGGGAGGUGUUAUGCAUGGGGGUAUGGUUAGCGCUACGUCUGCAGCGGGUGCGAAUGGGACUGCAGGUGCAGGGAAUAGCACCACGUCUGGUUCUGCUUCGUUGCAUGCUGCGAUGAGUAACAGCACGGGAGUCAACAGCACGUCUAGUUCUUUGGUGCAUGCUCCGCUGAACCAGACGGGGUCGUGGAGGCUGAUGCCGCGGAGGAAGAGGGGGAGGUUCUCGAUUGUCUGA